UGAUGCGGUUUCACUGUUUACACGCGGAGCGGCCGGAGCUUUCGGCCUCAGUCAGGCGCUCGGCUCCGUUUCGGUUUCACUUCCGGUGAGGGGCCGCCUCAGAGCGGGUGGUUAGCCGACGGCGAGCGCAGGCGGCGGCGGUGACUGCGGCGCCGCUGCCGGGGGGCGUGCAGCAGCGCGGCGGCAGCGGCGGCUGGGCCUCGAGCGCCCGCAGCCCACCUCUCAGGGGCGGGCUCCCGGAGCGAGCAGGGCGGACGAGAAGAUGGAGGAGCUGGUGGUGGAAGUGCGGGGCUCCAAUGGCGCUUUCUACAAGGCAUUUGUAAAAGAUGUUCAUGAAGAUUCAAUAACAGUGGCAUUUGAAAACAACUGGCAGCCAGAGAGGCAGAUUCCAUUCCAUGAUGUGAGAUUCCCACCACCUGUAGGUUAUAAUAAAGAUAUAAAUGAAAGCGAUGAAGUUGAGGUUUAUUCCAGAGCAAAUGAAAAAGAGCCUUGCUGUUGGUGGUUAGCUAAAGUGAGGAUGAUAAAGGGUGAGUUUUAUGUGAUAGAAUAUGCAGCAUGUGAUGCUACAUACAAUGAAAUUGUCACAAUUGAACGUUUACGAUCAGUUAAUCCCAACAAACCUGCCACAAAAGAUACUUUCCAUAAAAUCAAACUGGACGUGCCAGAAGACUUACGACAAAUGUGUGCCAAAGAAUCGGCACAUAAGGACUUUAAAAAGGCAGUUGGUGCCUUUUCUGUAACUUAUGAUGCAGAAAACUAUCAGCUUGUCAUUUUGUCUAUCAAUGAAGUCACCUCAAAGCGUGCACACAUGCUGAUUGACAUGCACUUUCGGAGUCUGCGCACUAAGCUGUCUCUGAUACUGAGAAAUGAGGAAGCCAGUAAGCAGCUAGAGAGUUCAAGGCAACUUGCCUCAAGGUUUCACGAACAGUUUAUCGUACGAGAAGAUCUGAUGGGUCUAGCUAUUGGUACUCAUGGUGCUAAUAUUCAGCAAGCUAGAAAGGUACCUGGGGUCACAGCUAUCGAUCUAGAUGAAGAUACCUGCACAUUUCAUAUUUAUGGGGAGGAUCAGGAUGCAGUGAAAAAGGCUCGAAGCUUUCUGGAAUUUGCUGAAGAUGUCAUACAAGUUCCAAGGAACUUAGUAGGCAAAGUAAUAGGAAAAAAUGGAAAACUGAUUCAGGAGAUUGUGGACAAGUCAGGAGUUGUGAGGGUGAGAAUUGAAGCUGAAAAUGAGAAAAAUGUUCCACAAGAAGAGGAAAUUAUGCCACCAAAUUCCCUACCUUCCAGUAACUCAAGGGUUGGACCUACUCCUUCAGAAGAAAAAAAGCAUAUAGAUGUAAAGGAAAACAGCACUCAUUUUUCUCAGCCUAACAGCACAAAAGUCCAGAGGGUGUUAGUGGUUUCAUCAAUUGUAGCAGGGGAAUCCCAGAAACCUGAACUCAAGGCUUGGCAGGGUAUGGUACCAUUUGUUUUUGUGGGAACAAAAGACAGCAUCGCUAAUGCCACUGUUCUUCUGGAUUAUCACCUGAACUAUUUAAAGGAAGUAGACCAGUUGCGUUUGGAGAGAUUACAAAUUGAUGAGCAGUUGCGACAGAUUGGAGCUAGUUCUAGACCACCACCAAAUCGUACAGAUAAGGAAAAAGGCUAUGUGACUGAUGAUGGUCAAGGAAUGGGUCGAGGUAGUAGACCUUACAGAAAUAGGGGGCACGGCAGACGCGGUCCUGGAUAUACUUCAGGAACUAAUUCUGAAGCAUCAAAUGCUUCUGAAACAGAAUCUGACCACAGAGAUGAACUCAGUGAUUGGUCAUUAGCUCCAACAGAGGAAGAGAGGGAGAACUUCCUGCGCAGAGGAGACGGGCGACGGCGUGGAGGUGGAGGAAGAGGACAGGGAGGAAGAGGACGCGGAGGUGGCUUCAAAGGAAACGAUGAUCACUCCCGAACAGAUAAUCGUCCACGUAAUCCAAGAGAGGCUAAAGGAAGAGCCGCAGAUGGAUCCCUCCAGAUCAGAGUUGACUGCAAUAAUGAAAGGAGUGUCCACACUAAAACAUUACAGAAUACCUCCGGUGAAGGUAACCGGCUGCGUACGGGUAAAGAUCGUAACCAGAAGAAGGAAAAGCCAGACAGCGCGGAUGGUCAGCAACCACUUGUGAAUGGAGUACCCUAAACGGCAUAAUUCUGGAGUUAUAUUCCCUAUACCAUUUCCAUAAUUCUUAUUCCAUAUUAGAAACUUUGUUAGGCCAAAGACAAAUAGUAGGCAAGGUGGCACAGGGCAUGAAAUGAACACCAGUUCUGUUAAGAAUUUUAUUUUUUGUCAUAUUGGCCAUAAGCAACAGUUUUCAGAUUUGCACAAAGAAACAGAUCUUAAAAUUUUGAAACAUUACUUUUUUUUUUUUUUUUUUUUUUGGCGGUACGCGGGCCUCUCACUGUUGUGGCCUUUCCAGUUGCGGAGCACAGGCUCCGGAUGCGCAGGCUCAGCGGCCAUGGCUCACGGGCCCAGCCGCUCCCUGGCAUAGUGAGAUCUUCCCGGACCGGGGCACGAACCCACGUCCCCUGCAUCGGCAGGCGGACUCUCAACCACUGCGCCACCAGAGAAGCCCCUGAAACAUUACUUUUAAGUAAUUAAGUAUACUUAGCACUUCAGGACAGGAUUUUCGUUUGGUUUAUUUUUUAAAUACCAAGCAGUGGUAUUCUUUCUUAAUUUGGACCGUUACCCUGCGUUGGGUGAUAACUCACUGGUACAUUUCAGUUUUUCUGAAUAAAUAGCAUUUAUGGUAAUCAUAUUACACUUCUGUUUUCAGUCUCAUACGGAAGGCCAAUGACAUUUCAUGUCCUGUGUCAGUUUAUGUUUUGGUCCACUUUUCCAGUAUUUUAGUGGACCCUGAGAUGUGUGUGAUGUGACGUUUGUCAUUUUCAUUAGCAAAAAAAAAGUUGUAUGAUCUGUGCCUUUUUUAUAUCUUGGCAGGUAGGAAUAUUAUAUUUGGAUGCAGAGUUCAGGGAAGAUAAGUUGGAAACACUAAAUGUUAAAAGAUGUAGCAAACCCUGUCAAACAUUAGUACUUUAUAGAAGAAUGCAUGCUUUCCAUAUUUUUUUUUCUUACAUAAACAUCAGGUUAGGCAGUAUAAAGAAUAAGACUUGUUUUUGUUUUUGUUUUGUUGCACUGAAGUUUGACAAAUAGUGUUAUUGAGAGGGAUGUGUAAUUUUUCUAUAUAGACAGGAGAAGAAAUAACUGUCUUUUCAUUUGAGAGAGGCUAAAACAUUUUCAGCUAGGAGCAAAUCUUCCUGGUCAAAAGUUAGUAGGAUAUGCCUUCUCUUUGGCCUGAUGACCAGUUUUAAAUUAGAGCUGUUUUUAUUUUGUCCUCCCCAUGUUUUGUGAAGUUUUUCAUACUUUAAUUUCAAGCUUAUUUGGGGGAGAUAGGAAGGUCAUUUCCACGUGUGCAUAAUAAUCCUGUGAAGUACAGGUACUUUGUCUAAGAAACAAUGGAAGCAGGUUAAAUGUUUUGUAGACUUUGAAAUAUUAGGUCCAAAUGUAUAAGCAGAAUUGGAAAGCAGACUAGGAUUGGUUAACAAAUGAUACUUUUUUUCUUUAGUUUUUUGAUGUGUUGGAUUUUGGGUUUGAGUCUCUCUUUUUUUUUUUUUUUCUUAUGAACAAGAUUUACAGAGGAAAAAUAUGUGAAGGACCUUCACUCUAAGAUGUUAUAUUUUUCUUAAAAAAUAACUCCAAGUAGGGGUACCACUGAAUCUGUACAGAGCCGUACAAACCGAAGUUCUGCCUCUGAUGUAUUUUGUGGGUUUGUUUCUUUGAAUUUUCAUUUGACGGUUACUUUUCCUUGCAUACAAAUAAGCAUAUAAAAAUGGCAACAAACUGCACAUGAUUUCAAGAAUAUUAAAAAGUCUUUUAAAAGUAUUGCCAAACAUUAAUGUUGAUUUCUAGUUAUUUAUUCUGGGAAUGUAUAGUAUUUGAAAACAGAAAUUGGUACCUUGCACACAUCAUCUGUAAGCUGUUUGGUUUAAAAUACUGUAGAUAAUUAACCAAGGUAGAAUGACCUUGUAAUGUAACUGCUCUUGGGCAAUAUUCUCUGUACAUAUUAGCAACAACAGAUUGGAUUUUAUGUUGACAUUUGUUUGGUUAUAGUGCAAUAUAUUUUGUAUGCAAGCAGUUUCAAUAAAGUUUGAUCUUCCUCUGCUAAAUUGACGUUGAUGCAAUCCUUACAAAUGAUUGCUUUUAAAAUUUUAAGAUAGGAAAAGAAAUCUAUAAAACGUUCUGUUACAAAAUGUAACUGUAUUACCAUUGGAAAUUUCACAUGUCAUAGGAAGUUAGCCGUUAUCUACCAACUUUCAAGAACUUGAUCUUGUUUAAUAAGGUGAAAAAAGUCAACAAAAUGGUACAAAAGCACAUUGUGCCAUUACAAUAUGCACUAAGUCUCUUUUUUACAAAGGCUGAAUUCAGCAAGGCGCUAACUUGCUUAAAUGUGAAUUACUAACUUCUAAAACUGUAAUUUGAGUCACAUGUUUUCAAACGGAGUUGGAGUUUAUUCAUAUUACAAUAUUUGUGUGCUAAACGUGUAUGUUUUUCAGUUCAAAGUCAUGUUUUUAAAAUCUUAUUAAAGUUUCAAAAAUCUGAA